CCAUAGUACAAAACAUCCAUCCAAAACUAAAUAAAAUGCCUCGUCUCAAUUCUUAUCUUAUAAUUUUCUCCGUAGUUUUAAUCAACUUAAAAAUUUCUUCUGCAAAAUUAUACCCCACCCAGGCAGAAUUUGCCAGCGCAAUUCUCGCCCACACUUGUGAAAUCCCGCAGGCCAAAAUUAAUUGUGGAAAAGCAAUUAAUUGUUAACGCACUGUGCCGAGACGGUGAAAGCAAACGCAAAAUAUUUUGUGGAAAUUGCUCGAAAGGACUUGUACUUUUAUGUUGAUUGUUAUCAAAAUUUCGAAAAACAUUCCGACAGACUAUUGAUGCUGUUUAUGCUUUAUUUUGGCGACUACAUCACCGAGCAUAAAGAGGAAGAUGAACCGGUUGAGGAAUACAUAAAUCUUUUGGUGACUGAAUUAUGCACGGAGAAGUUUCGCCAAGUUCUUGCCUCCCUUGACCACACGAAAGAGCAAGAUGCGAAGGAACUCGUUGAAUUUGUCGCGGAUAAAAUGCACGGUGCCAAAAUUGAGUGGGUUCAUUUUGGACAAAAUUGCCGGAGUCGAAAUCAAAAAUGGAUCCAAUACUAAUACUUUUCCAAACCCAUGUGGAACGUGUAGAGUUAGAAGACGUUUUACAAUCAGAUGCAAAAUGUCAACCUCUAAAUCAUACAAAGAGAGAGAUCGAAGAUUUUGUUUUUGCCAUUGGAGCUGUUUCCAAAAUUGUCAAGCUGUCAACGAGCACCAUGAAAAUCACACUUUUUAACAUUUGCCAAAAGUGCCAGCCUCGUAGGAAAAUUAUGGAUGCCGCGUUUGGGCGCAGUAUUGCCAUUUCGGGCGAAAAAAUUUGUGAGAAAACUUCAUGCGUAGAAUUUAAGAAACUUGAGGGAAAAGGAACUGGCGAGUCUGCAAAUUUGGAAUUUUUGGGGGACGGCAUUGCAACAAAAAUUUCUGUUGUGCUGCUAAUCGGAUCGAAUGUGGGGUCCAUCAUGGAGAUAAAUGGAACCCAAUAUGACGGAGGCAUAUUCCUGCUUGGCAGUUUAAUGUUUUUCCAAAUGCAGCCAGAAGUCAACAAGUGGGACGCGGCGACCGAAAUCAUAAGUCAACUAAAAAUACAUGCAAUCGGGUUGGACAACCUCUACAUGGGAUCUUCUUCAACUUCGAAUAAUGAUCAAAUAAUCGUUGCUAGAAUUUUUGAUAAAGGAGUCACUCAACGGACAAACUUUCUCUACAAUAAAGUUUUUAGGACUGGCUAAAAUUCGAGAGUAUGAGAGUGAAAACUAAAAUUAGGAAAUUAAAUAUAAAUAUUUAUAUUGUAAAAUUCAGCUUAUCUUUUCCUCGUAUUUGUAAAAGUUGUUCUCAUUAAAUUCGUAUUGCCAAGUAUUGUCUGUCGCUAAUAGGUUCGUACACAAAGUACACAUGUUUACACAGUGUUGUAUUUUCAGUUCAGGGCGAAAUACACAAAUAUGUAUAUUGCUUAAAUUUCCCUAAAGUUACGAACCUAAAGAAGUGUACGUAGUUCUUUGGAAUGUUUUGGAAAACUUAAUGGUAAAAAAUCCAUGUUUUUCGAUAUUUUCUUCACAAAUUUUAGAAGUUUCAGUAUAUCCACCAAUCUUAAAAAGUAGAUUUUUUUGUGUUAUGUAUCAUGAAAUUCAAUAAUUGUAAACUGGUUGAAAUUUUAAUUAAUCAGGUUUAAUUAUGACUACAAUCUAGUACAGCAGGGAAAUUUUACUAAAAAAUCUAUUGUACUUGCAUAAAUUCUAUUACUUGUCGAGUUUUGUCAUUAAAUGCGAGGUGAACUGGUGCAAAAACAUUUGUGUUUCAAAGCUUAAUUAUUAAUAGCACAUUAUACAUCACAGAUAUUUAUAUCGUGAUAUGUAAAAAGAAUAAGAAAUCUUAUGUAAGCUUAUGUAAAUAAAUAGCUAAACAUACUGAAUAAAUCAAAGGAUCAAAUUA